ACGCCUGCCAUACGCCGGAUAUUCUGCUGCCUCUCAAUUGUGUGAGCUGCAGAUAGUCCGCACAUCACUGGCUGUGAUUGGGAAGGGAUGUCUCUCAGCUGCCUUCAACUGCGUGUUUCUAUUCACAAUGGAGCUCUACCCAACACCGAUCAGGCAGACCGGACUGGGCUUUGGCAGCACCAUGGCCCGGGUAGGAGGUAUUGUGACUCCCUUGGCCAAGAUGUUGGAUGAAUACUUCUCCUUCCUGCCGCCAGUCGUCUACGGUGCUGCCCCAAUCAUCUCUGGCACUGUGGCCAGCUUCCUCCCGGAUUCUCACAACCAACCACUGCCAGACACUGUGGAGGAGGUGGAGAGCAG